AUGGAUUCGAAGUGGAACAGGAAUAUGCCUGCCUCUAAGCAAGAGACUAGUGGUGCGUGGAGCAAUUCAUCAGAAUUGAAAGCUUGGAUGCAGGGCAAAUUGCAGGGAAAUGAAUCAGAUGUGGUAGAUAUGGGCGAUGGAUAUGGUGGAGACAAAGGAGCAGAGAACGGGAACGGCAAAGCGGCCAACAACAUAAUGCAACGCUCAGAGCCAGAGCAACGAAGACAAGAGACUUGA